UCCCCGCGAGCUGCCGUAGUAGAGGACAGCACUGAUUGGCUGAGGCAGAAAAGUGCCGCUGCCUCGGCGGUUUCGGUUUUCGCUCGGAUUGUCCGCGGAGGCCGGGUUCGUGGGGCGCGGGGAGUGAGAGUUCUGGAUCCCGGCUUCUAGAUGAGGAACCUGGGGCCUGAGUGGUGGAGUGAUGAGUUACCCAAGUCACACAGCUAAUUAAAUAGCAGAGAUGGGAUUAGAAUUCAGGUUUCCUGCCUCCCAAGAUUGUUAAAAUGAGUCUGCGGAAGCAAACCCCUAGUGACUUCUUAAAGCAAAUCAUCGGACGGCCAGUUGUGGUAAAAUUAAAUUCUGGAGUGGAUUAUCGAGGGGUCUUAGCUUGCCUGGAUGGCUACAUGAACAUAGCCCUGGAGCAGACAGAAGAAUAUGUUAAUGGACAGCUGAAGAAUAAGUAUGGGGAUGCAUUUAUCCGAGGAAACAAUGUGUUAUACAUAAGUACGCAGAAGAGAAGGAUGUGAAGACACCAAGGAGCAGUUCUUUUCAUAGUUGGAUGUAUUUUUUAAUGAAAGUUUUUCUAUUUUUGAUUCUUUUGUGCUAUAAGUUAUCCUGAUUUCAUAGUAGUUGGUGACUUUUCACUGACAUGUGAGUAAGAUAAAUGUAUAAAGUUGUGGAUUGACUUGUAAAGAGUUUUCACAUUUAAGUUUCAGUCAUUUUCUUUUACCUCUGUGUCAGUGUAUAGAAUGCUAUAAUAAUUAAAAACAAGAGAUAAAGUCUGUUUUUUCCUACAAGGUUAUUAAAUGUCAUGUCAUUC